AUGUGUAACCUCUUCAAUCUGAUGUUCCUCUACUCUACGCCAUCAGGGGUGUUCACGAGGCGGGACACCGCCUCGAUAAAACGAGAAAUCCUGAAGCGAUCACACGUGGCAGAGGAACCUCUGCCCCUAAUUGACCCUAACGAGGUUGCAUUUUUACACGCAGCAAAGUUGCAAAAAAUGGCUACAGUUGGACAAGCUGCAGCCGGUGCGUCCGCAUCAGCGAUCACAACACCAAACUCACUGUGUUCGACACCGAUUUCCCUAUAUCCACAAAAUCAAAUAUAUCAAUACAUGGCAGCUACUUCGUUCACGAAUCAAUUAUGCGAGAUGCAACUUCAACCUCAAUUAAAUAACGCCUAUGAAGGAAUUCCAAUAUUUAUUGUUCCUCAAAGUGGACUCGGCCCCUCAACUGUGUCCCUCGCAGCGCUUAAACGAGCAGCGGAAAUUAAGACCGCUCUUGCAACUGCCCCUCAGGAACCCAAAGUAGACACUAGCAAACAUUUUCACGUAUUCGUUGGAGAUCUCAGUCCUGAAGUUGACAAUAAAGCAUUAAAGGAAGCUUUUGCUGUUCAUGGUGAAGUCAGUGAAGCGAAAGUCAUUCGUGAUUCACAAACGCAAAAAUCAAAAGGAUACGGUUUCGUCUCCUACCCUUCAAAAGAGAACGCAGAAAGGGCCAUAAUUUCUAUGAAUGGUCAUUGGCUUGGGCGGCGGGCCAUACGUACGAAUUGGGCAACUCGUAGGCCAACAGAUGAGGCCAGAGAAAAGCUUACAUUUGAACAGGUGUUCAAUUCAACUAAACCAGACAACACAUCAGUUUAUGUAGGAAACGUUAAUCCAAACACUACAGAGAACGAACUACGGGAACCGUUUUCUGUUCACGGAGAAAUCACAGAAGUACGGUUGUUCAAAGCACAAGGGUACGCCUUCGUACGAUAUGAACGUAAGGAAUGCGCUACAAAUGCAAUAAUGGAUAUGAACGGGAAAGAGAUUGGUGGAAACACGAUACGUUGCUCAUGGGGACGAAUGCAACAGUCGGCACCUACAACGCAACUUCUUCCGGACAUAUCACCACUACUUACACCAUCAUUUCUGCCGAAUACCGUCACUAUGCCAAGCGUUUUCUACAAUCCAUUCUACCCUCAAGUAUAUAACCCGUCCCUUGUUCCUCAGUGGCAAGCAUAA